AUGUUGAAUAGGAUCUUGGAUUCUAUUGGUGGUGGACUUAUUAGUAAAACUACUGUGAGAGUAAGAAGUAUACAGAGCGAAGAUGGAACUAGAAGUGCAGAAAGUAGUGAAGCUAUUUGUGUACCCGAUUCUAGCUCAUCAAGCAGUGAACUCGAUUCAACUCUAAAUCAAACAGAUAUGGAGCGUGGCGUUGCAGGGUUUGCUAUUGGACCAAUAAACGACGACAAUAUUAUAUCUGGUAUAAUUAGUAGCUAUGAAAAUGUGAGUAUUGCCGACAAGAGCGAUAAUAGUGAUGAACUAGAAGAAAGAUCAAAUUCAGAAAAUAAGUUGUUAACCGUGGAUAUCAAAAGUUUCGAUAUUUUAAAUACAGUUAGCUGUUCAACUGAUGUUAUAAUAGCACAGACUACUGAUGUGAAUGAUUACGAUAGAUAUGGAUUCAGGAAACAAAGCAGAUAUAUAUCAAAACAGGAUUAUGAUAAUUGGUGUGAUUCCUAUUCAAUACAAUGUGGCAAGAAAAAAUUAAAAUGGGAAAAAUACAUGGAAAGCAGUGGACUUGCUUGCAAGAGUGAAUUACCAACCAGGUUCCCUCCCAAAAGCGAGAAAUUUCUAAAUCUAGUUAGAGAAGGUGUUCCUUCCGAAUGGAGAGGUAAUGUAUGGUGGCACCUAGUGAGGGGACAGUAUCUAUUGAACAAAAACAAGGAUACAUAUAAAUCAUUACUAUUAAAAGUUAAAGAAUAUCAAACUUUAGGAGAUACAUCCAAAUUACCUGAAGGAGACGUAAUUGAACGUGAUUUAAAUAGAACUUUUCCCAAUAACAUCCAUUUCCAAAAGGAACCAUUUCAAAAUAAUGAACCAAAAAAGAUAACUUCCUUGCGUAAUAUUCUUCUGGCAUAUUCCAUUUAUAACAGAGAUAUUGGAUAUUGCCAGUCAAUGAACUUUUUGACUGGCUUUCUUUUACUUUUUAUGAAUGAAGAAAAAACUUUCUGGAUGUUAGUAAUAAUUACGAGAAGAUUUUUACCAGGGGUUCACAACCUUGAUUUAGAAGGUGUGAACAUCGAUCAGGGUGUUCUUAUGUUACUAAUGGAAGGAAACUUACCUACUCUGUGGCCAUACAUUGAAGCUACUUGUAAGUCGCAUUCAAACAAGCCUUACCAUUUACGAAGAACAAAUGAAUUUCUUCACGCAUUACCUCCUAUAACUCUUUGCACAGCAAGUUGGUUUAUGUGUUGUUUUAUUGGAAUACUACCAGUCGAAACUACCCUUCGAGUUUUAGAUUGCUUAUUUUAUGAAGGUUCUAGUUUCCUUUUCAGAGUGUCAGUAAAUCUAAUUAAGUUAGCUGAAGAAUCAAUUUUAAAAGAUAAACCCUAUGAAACCCUCUUUGAUUACUUAAUCGGAAGUGAUAAAAAUUCUGAUGAACGAGCAGAAAACUUAUCGUAUGUCAAUGCAGACGAGUUGAAUAUCGAAUUCUUUCAAGUUUUGCAAAGGAUUCCAAGACAGUUGUUAGACUGUGACAAUUUUUUUGAUAAAGUACUGUUCAAACGUCGUGCUAGUUUUAAAAGAUUUGCAUCAGGAGAAGGUGGAUAA